AUGUCUGAUUUCAUUAUGAAUCUUUUUAUUGCUUCAACAUCAUCAUUUAUUUCAAGUUGUUUUUGUACUCCAAUAGAAAAUGUUCCAACCUCAAUACUGUAGAAAAGUGAAUAGAAAGUAUUUACUUAAACUAUAAUUAAAGAAUUUAUCUCAUAUAUGUAGAGGGAUUUUAACAAAUACAAUUAAAUAUAUUCCACAUUCAGCAUUAACCUUUGCUUUUAAAGAUGCCUAUUCAAAUGCUUUUCUAAAGAAAUGUAAAGUUCUUUAAUAUUUUAGCAAAUGAUUAUAAAAAUAUAAAAAAUUUAUUUUUAGGAAGUCUAGCUGGAGUUUCAACAAUGUUUGUUAUAUAUCCAUAUGAAUAUGUAAAAUCAAGAACUACAUAUUUAUAAAAAGUAGUUAAAAGAACUAAUGUUUAAUGGAGAGAUUGCUUUAUAGAAAUAUUAAAAACUAAUAAAAUAUUAGGAUUUUAUAAGGGGUUUGGUGCUUGCACAUUUCCAAUAAUUAUUUUUAGAGGUCUUUAAUUAGGAAUAUAUGAUAAUACAAAGGAUAUAACACAAGGUCUUCCAUUCAUUGGUCAACUCUUUUGGGUUUAAAUCCUUACAUUUGUAUCUCAUAUAAUCUCUUUUCCUUUUUUUAAAAUAAUGAUAAUGAUGAAAGCUGAUUCUCUUAAUUUUAAUCACAAAUCUGUUAGAUAUAAAAAUUUUAUUGAUUGUACAAAUCAAAUACUUAAAUCUUAAAAAUUAAUAUACUUAUUUGAGGGAUCUUCCUAAAAAUUUUUAUUAGCCACAAAAGAUGCCAUGACUCUAAUUUUAUAUUAUAAUAUCCAAUAAUAUUUUUAAGGAAAAUAAACCUAUAAAAAUUGA